AUGGGUGACCAUUUCCCAACUCAUGGCCUCAAGUUGGCAGCGAAUGGUAGUGGCGGGAUUUUCUUUCGACUGCUCGCGAAGCUGCCUCGUGCAGACUUUAGCACCUCCUGUCCGGUAUUCGGACAGAAGGUCCUACCACAACAUUCCCAAAAGCAGCAGAGGAGAACCUUCCAGAUCCCAUUCUGGCUGCCGCAGCGACUGAAAGCCCCGGGAGAGUUGAUAGACACUCUGGCUAUCGCUAUUGUAGAACUCAAAACUCUCGUCUUCCGUGACGAUAUCCUGCAGAAACUCCGCAUGACUCGAUUCUACUCGCAGAAGAAAAGCAGUCGGAGAUUACCUCGAUCCCUGCGCAAAAAAGACGCAGAAAAACGGCAGAACAAAGACGUGGCGCUCCUACAUGCUUACGGCUAG